CCUGCAGUGUUUCCAUGGUGCCAUUUUUACAAGACAACAAAAAAACACUAACACAUUAUCCAGUCACGGUUACACGUGCAGGACCAAAAUACUCCAAAACCCUGCUCAUUAAGAGUUUGGUCCGCUUCAGUCCGCCUGCCUUUACUGUCACCCGUGAGUUAAACUGUGCUCUGAUGUGCAUAAGAAUAAAAAUAUACCAGCUGUUUUCAGGGCGGCUGAACCAACCUGUAAAGCAGCCUGAACACCCAGUAAACAAACUAUAAGAGCCAGUAGGGUCCAUCUGAGACAUGUAUGUUUUUUUUAAUCAAAAAAUUUAGAGACGCUGAUUAAACAAAAACAAAUAACAGCAAAACAUUUGGAUCCAUAUUUUCUACUGAGAGAUUCAUUAUACGAAAUAUAAUUACAGUCACUGUCACAAGUCACAAUAAUUGCUCAUACCAUAUCUUUAGUAAAAAAAAAUAAAAUAAAAAAAAGUCAGAAUUUCAACUGAGGUCUGACAACACUUCCCUACAGCCUCACACUGAUGGCUGUUUAUCAAAUCUACAGAAAUCUGGAUAAAGCGGAGGAUAAAGCAGUGGAGGCUAAAAGUAAAAUACUUUAUGUGUUGCCACGUUCACGGCAUCCUAAAAAUCACUAGGUGAUCCCUCUUUUUCCAACUUAGCCCCGAAAUUUCAUGUUAUCCUGCAAAAGCUGACUUUAGUCUUGAAGCCUCGAACUGAGGGAAUGGGAUUCCUCGACUCACAGAAAGGUUCACAUAUGGCCCUAAUCCUCUUCCCCAGAUAAGACUCUAAUGAGCCAGUGUAAGAAAAAAAAGAAAAAGAAAUCAGAGCAAUUAGAGCAUUAAUGGUUUUGUCAAUGAAAGUGAGUGCGAAGUGUCAGGAGUAAGUGCUGACGCCAUCUAGCGGGUGUCAUCUUCGAUCAACUUUUGAUCUAGAGUCGGGCAUGGAGUGUGGGUGUCGAUGUGAGAGGGGGUUCAUUUCCAGGCAUUUCCUCCCCCCUGCCCUGAACACUAACCCCACGAUUUACAAUUAAGGAGGCCGUUUGUGUGGCAAAUAAACUACCGAUGUGGCACGACAGAUCUCUGACCUCUCAAAGACGUGUUGACUUCUGCACGUGAGAUCAAACGAAGGGAAAUGGGCUCUAAUCCCCUGAAACUAUUUCAUUUGCACACAUCAGGGAGAGUGCGUCUAAUACAAUCCAAUUUCCGGACACGUAAGAGGGGGUGAUUCAUUGGAGAAAAAAAAAAUCAUGAGAGACAAUAUGCGCUGUAGCCUUCCUCUGGGUAUUUGUAAUUUCAAUAAAGAUACAGACACCGUUACGGCUGCGCUGAGGGCGCAUCAGACGCGUCCGUAACUGCGCUGACUGCUGAGGGAUUUUUCUCAGGGGAGUCGUGCUCAGAGAAAAUGGCUUAUAUUGACGUCAAAUGGAUGUGUGGACGACUUCUCCGCGUGUGCAGGCUUGACAGAGGCGGCCAGAGCCGUCACUUCUGACCAAAAGACCACCGAAAUCCUCGGCAGACAAUUAACCUGCGAAGCGUGCCCGGCGCAUUUACGCUCAGCCAAGACCGUAAAGAUGCGGUUUAAUGUGAAACUUUAAUAAACGCCCGGCUUCUCCAAACUCAUUGCGAAUUCAUGAUUUAGUUGUGGAGGGGAGAGGGCGACGCUGCAUCCCGCCGCUGACAGAGAGACCACUUGUACCGCCGUCACAACUGUGCCAAGAGACAGGGAGUCUUUGAAAGCCACCGGAGCGGACCCGACCGGCAUAUCAAUCAGCGUCCCGGAGAACGACUCUCUCGGUUCGCGCUGACGAUACAAGGUAUUGUCUCAAAGGUGCGUGUGCGGAGAGCAGAGGGGGGGAAAUGGCACUUUUUCUGUUGGAAGACGGGAGGGCAACAACAGUCAGUGGCGAGCAAAUGUAAAAAAAUAAAUAAAAAAUCCAGUUCCCUUCGUCUUGCCACGGGUGCGCACCGGCAAAGAGGCGCAGGACACGCAGGAUCAUCGAUUCGCACUUUGUGAUUUUACGCUGCGUAUGUGACAAGAGCAGAGAGGAAGCGGUGAAAGGGGGGAUUAACGGGGUGCUUCUCCUAAGCGAAACGCUCAAAUUGUCAAACCAUGAACGCCGGGAUAUUGUUUUUGCUUCUUUGUUCUGCGGCAUUUUUCGCUGGGCUGCACUGCGCCUCGCCAAGAACCACAGCGGGCAUGGAUAUCCCCACCGCCGGCUCCAGUAACAGCAGCAACAGCCACGGCGGCGGCGGCGGCAGUAGCGGGGAAACUGGGGGCAAAAGAGACUCUAACCAAACCAUAAUGUCCAGAAACAAGAGGAAAACCCUGGCCGUGGAUUUUGCGGUCCCUUCUCUGUUACGCUAUUAUCUUGCGGAGUUCAUAAAGAGACCCCUAAACGGCGACUGCCAGAGUUUUAGUGGAUGUUACACGGUGCGCGCAAACUUGAAAAUGCACUGCAUACCUUUGCAGAAAACCAUAUCCACUUUUGUGGACCCCAAGUCUGCCACAGACUCAGCCCUGAGGAACACGUCUACAGAUGGACAGCUCCCCUUCUUCUACAAGCGGCCGCUGUCCAAAGUUCUGAAAUUGGGCUUGACUAAAGCGAGCAGGAAAUCAAACCAAGUUGUGGUGGAAAUAGGAGAGGAUAUAGUCAGGACGGGAUGCGGGGGGCUGUCUGUGUACGAAGAGGCCCCGGUUCUCACGCUGGAAAUGGACCUCACAACCAUCCUGGAGUGGUGGCUCGGCGCAGAAGGGGGGCGGCUCAGGGUCCGGCUCAUGCCCGAGAAAAAAGCGCAGGUGCCCGGAAUUGAGGAUCGGUACACAGCGGCCAUACGAGCUUCAGACCCGCGCCUCUACCUUCAGAUAUCCUCCCGCGGUGAACCUUCGGAUGGUUGGACUUCUGCUGGCAUUCCUAGAGGUUACUGGAGUUUCUCCUGGGUAGCCGAGGAUGACCUCAGCUUUCCCAAUGAUACCAUGCCCAUGUCAGAUCACCAAUGUUCUGCUACCAGCAGAAAAUGUGACCAGCACCUGGACAGUAUCCCAGAGUUCACUUGGAGCAUAGUGGCUGCCGGGGAUCUGCGGGAAGAAAAGAAAGACAAAACUGAGAAAAAAGCAGGAAGUCCCCAGGGUUGGGAGGAAGGUCAGUUCCUCUGGGUGAACAGUUCGGCAUUUGGAGGGCCCUGGGUACUGAGUCCAUGGCUGUGGGGAGGCCAAGGUCCAUGUAGCCUGGAUAUGGCUGUGUUCCUCCACCCCAGGCGAAGUGGGCAAUACACCAUUUGGCUAAUAGAGCGGGACAAACCACCCCUUGCCCUCUUCUCCACUGACACUCUGCCACGCAUCACAGGCUGGGCAGUGGUCCACCUCACCUUGGGGACACAAGGGGGAUCACCUUUUCGGAUCUCGGCCAGCUACGAUCAGCGGGUCCCACAGGAUGACACCGCCACCAUCGAGCCCCACUUCACCACUAACUGCACCAUGGCGUCCUCACCUGGCCCUAACAUCACGCUGGAGGGCCUGUACCACUGUCAUCAGGGACCUGGGAUCCCACUGGACAAAUUGUGCGAUUUCAGAAAAGACUGUCCACUCGGCGAUGAUGAAAGCGAUCUUUGUCGACGCUUUCUCAAUGGCAGCUACUGCUCUUUUGAAGAGGGUGAGUGCCAUUGGCAGUCAAUAACAGGCCGCGGCCUCUCCUGGAAAAGAAUCCAGUCGCCAGCCAAAGCUUCCAGACAGAGCUGCCCGUCAUCAGGUGCUACAUUCACUGUGGAGGGACGCCAGUCUAAAGGUCAGCGUCCCUCAGCUCAACUGAGGAGUCCUCUGUUUCCUCCUCCUCUAAGAAACUCUCGUUGCACGGUGAGGUUCUGGCUGUGUUUCGGAGGCUUACAAAAGGGGUCGCUGUCUCUGUGGAUAAUGGAGAACAGCACGGGCCCGGAAGAGCAGCGCAGACUGUGGCAUUCAUCUAGUGAGUCCAAAUCUGAGAGAGGCUGGAAGCUCAUCAUCCUUCCCCUUUACGGGCUGGCAGACUGGUUCUGGCUCCAGUUCAGCACAGAAGAUGGACCUGGACCUGGUUCAGCCUUCUCUCUUGACAACAUCUCAUUCAGUAUGGACUGCUUCUUGGCAUCCAACGGCGAUUUCCCACCAGUGGUCACCAGCACCACCAGGCAGCCGUUUAGAACAACUGUCACGAAUCCGCCUCCUUCCAUCAGAAGCCCUUCAGUGACCAUCCCCACCGCAGAUAACUACAGGAACCCAAGUCCCGUGGACUGGAUACAAACUGGAGUCAAGGCAAGGGGAGAGAGGAGGUUGACUGAAGCAAUCCGAUUGGCUUUUGAAACCAAAAAAUGGACUUUUCAUACCUGUGGGGCCAGGGGCCCUGAAGGCCCAACUCCCACUCAGUGCCUCAACUUCUACAAGAAUACCAACGUCAACGUGACAGUGGGCACCCGAGGGCCCUUCAAAGGCAUUCAGAUGUGGCGGGUCCCAGAAACUGGCACGUACAGGAUCACAGCCUACGGUGCAGCUGGCGGGCGAAGUGUCUUGGCCAUGAGCAGGUCCCAUGGUGUCUAUAUCACUGGAGACUUCCCACUCAAGAAGGGUGACCUCAUUUACAUCCUGGUGGGACAACAAGGAGAGGACGCAUGUCCCAAUUCCAAUGGGCUGCUGAAUAAGAUCUGCCUGGAACAGAGUGGCCCCAUGGUGAACAAAACUCAAGUGAAAGGGGGUGGAGGAGGCGGUGGGGGAGCUACGUAUGUGUUCAAGGUGGACAAAGAAUUGUACUACCCUCUCAUCAUUGCUGCCGGGGGAGGCGGCCGUGGCUACAGCAGCCAUUCAGAGACCCAGCUGGAGCAAAUGGACUAUGACCCGAGUCAACCGGGACGCAACGGGAAAUCGAACGCCGCAGGUGGAGGUGGAGGUUGGAAUGACAGUGCUCCUGUCAGUCAGGGGGGCAAACCGCUGGUGCUGGGGGGCCAAGGAGGGCAGGCCUGUCAAAAAUUCUGGCAGACCAGCGGCGGAUUUGGGGGCGGUGGAGGCGGUUGUAUGUCCGGUGGGGGUGGUGGAGGCUACAGAGGUGGGAACACCUCCUUAGACAACAACCCCAAACAUGACGGUGAUGAUGGAACGUCGUUCUUCGGCCCAGAGGCAGAGCCCUUCCUCUACCCUCUGAAAGCUAUGGAGGGCGAUGGUGAGGUGAUCAUCAGCCCAGUGCAGAACUGCAGUCAGUGUAAGAGCGGUGAAUGCCACGAGGCUGAGGACACCAUCGUCUGCUACUGUGAUGAAGACCUCACCCUGGCUCCAGACGGAGUGUCCUGCAUCAACUCCACAGGCGUUUCUCCGCUGUCUCCACAGCCGUCUCUCUCUCACCUGGCGCUGGGUCUUUCUGUAGGCACCUCUGCCCUCAUCGCUGCCCUGCUGCUGGUUGUGUCUGGAGUCAUGAUAAUGUACAGGCGAAAACACACAGAGCUGCAGUCUAUUCAGCUGGAGCUGCAGAGUCCAGACUGCAAGCUCAGUAAGCUGAGGGCUUCCACCAUCAUGACGGACUACAACCCCAACUACUGCUUCGCCGGGAAGACGGCCUCAGUCAACGACCUGAAGGAAGUGCCGCGGCGAAACAUUUCUCUGACCAGGGGUUUGGGUCACGGUGCAUUUGGAGAGGUCUAUGAGGGUCUGGCAGUGGGGAUACCAGGUGAACCCAGUCCACUGCAAGUGGCAGUUAAGACACUUCCUGAGGUUUGUUCUGAGCAAGAUGAACUGGACUUCCUCAUGGAGGCUCUAAUCAUCAGUAAAUUCAGCCACCAGAACAUUGUGCGUUGUAUAGGAGUGAGUCUGCAGGCCAUGCCCAGGUUCAUCCUUCUGGAGCUGAUGACCGGAGGGGACCUCAAGACUUUCCUGAGGGAGACCAGACCCCGGCUGGAACAACCAUCCAGUCUGACCAUGGUGGACCUUCUCAACGUGGCCAGAGACAUUGCCAAGGGCUGUCAGUAUCUAGAGGAGAACCAGUUCAUACACAGGGACAUUGCAGCUCGGAACUGCCUCCUGACCUGCAAAGGACCGGGCCGCGUGGCCAAGAUUGGAGAUUUCGGGAUGGCUCGAGACAUUUACAGGGCGAGCUAUUACAGAAAGGGCGGGCGUGCCAUGUUGCCAGUGAAAUGGAUGCCGCCUGAAGCCUUCAUGGAGGGAAUCUUCACAUCUAAAACUGACACGUGGUCCUUUGGGGUUCUGCUGUGGGAGAUCUUCUCAUUGGGCUACAUGCCGUAUCCAAGUCGCAGUAACCAAGAAGUGCUGGAGUUCGUAACCAACGGCGGCAGAAUGGACCCGCCUAAAAACUGUCCUGGACCAGUGUACCGUAUAAUGACUCAGAGUUGGCAGCAUCAGCCGGAAGACAGGCCCAACUUCUCUACCAUCCUGGAGAGAAUUGACUACUGCUUACAGGACCCUGACGUGGUGACCAUGCCCCUGCCUGUGGAAUAUGGACCUGUCCCUGAGGAGGAGGAGCGUGCGCCCACACGCCCUGAUGACGGCUCAGCUCCAGCUGUGCUGGUGAACGCCCAGGUGCCUGAUGGAGAGGCCCCACAGCCGCCUCCGUCCUACCCUUCAGAGGAGAACCAGAGAGGAGGGGAGCACGCUGCCGUCACCAGCGCGGCAUCAGAGGCCAAAGCACAGACUUCACCUCAGCCCCAGCCAUACCUCCACCAGCACCAGCAGCCUCACACACUCGCCUCCAUCGCCAUGACCACCUCUAACACGAUCACCUCCAUUGCCCCCUCUACACUCACUGCCAAGGGACCCCAUGUCACCACCCAGCCCAGCCCAGAGGGGGGCCACAUCAACCUGGCUUUCGCCCAGGGCCACCCGCCGGAGAAAGAGGGCCACAAUGGGAAGAACACCAGUCUCUGGAAUCCCACGUAUGGCUCAUGGUUCCUGCAGCAGCAGCAGAGGAAGCAGCAGCAGAGGCAGGGAGGGGUGGGGGGUGGAGGGGGAGGAGGCAGUAGCGGCAGGGUGCCUGGUGAGGGGCAGGAGCACGUGGGCCGGACCGUGGCUGAGGUGGCGGGGGCACUCGGCCUGCAGCACCAGCACAAGCAGUACCAGCAUCAGCUGCAGCAGCAGCACCAGCUCCAGCUGCUGCACCAUCAGCAUCAGCAGCCGGGUCUUUGCAGGCCGCUCUUACCCCCCCCACCCCCUCCGGCCGCCCAGUCACCUCUGCUUUUAGAUUCAGCUGCCUUGCCCCCGGUGCCCCUGUACAGACUGAGAAGAUUCCCUUGUGGGAACAUUGGCUACGGCUACCAGGAGCAAGGCCUGCCCAUGGAGGCCACCCACACUAACAACCCCCCUCCUCCACCUCUUCCAUCCCAGCAGGGCGCCCCCAUGCCCACCUCCGCAGCCCACCAGAGGUCGGCCUCCAUCCCCACUCCUGUGUCCCUGGGUCGGUCGGGUAUGUCAGAGGACAGCCGUCCCCUGCUAGUUACUAUGGGGACGGUGCAGGACCCAAGGCUGCCCAGGAUGGAGGGCCACAACGCCACCGUACUUUAGCCCCAAUGCCCACACUGCUGGUCUUUUUACAGGCCCUGUCUGUGGAGACGAGAAACACUGUGCCAGGACAGAGACCAUUUCUCACCACUCCUACUGUCCCACCAUUUUGGUUUCUUCCUCUAAGAACCCACCUCCAUGAAACAGAAUCGUGGAGGUGUUAAAAAUUCCCAUCGGAUGCUAAAGCACAUCAGAGAACUAUUCACCUUUGGGAAGCCAGGUGUAGAGUUUUAACAGUUUAAAGAUGUAUUUUUCCAACGCUGGAAGGAUCAGGACUGACAGAAGGAAACUGAGUGAGAGAAUCGCCUGCAGACAGAAAGACUCUUUGUGUGUUUUUGACAGGAAACACUCUGGGCAUAAGCUCAGCUUGUUGUCUUUCAGAAAGGACAUUGACACACAAACUCUGGUGAGCGGUUUGACUGUAGCGACCACGAAGUUGUCUACAGCUGCCAGCCACAGUGCUCCUUAUCCCUUUGGAGAAAAAAAACAGUGUGGUUAAUAACUUGUAUCGGACUAUUUUUCAAAAAUAUCAGAAUUAGACACUGGCUUACCAGAGACAUUUAUAUGAAAAAAAAAUACUGGGAAAAAUGUGUUUGUUGAUGUUUGCUUGCCUGCUUGUUUAUUUAUUCAUUUGUUUAUUUAUUAUUUGGAAGUGGCUGUAUAAAUUAUUAAUGAGCAUCCGUCUUCAAUUGCAAACAGAUACAUUUUACAUCGACUUUAGUUCUUAAAGCUGCAGGAAUUUAUUUUCAGUCACAUCCGAAAAACAAACAAAAAGAGGGUGAAGCAUCUGAAAACAUGGCAACUCUAAAUAUCAUGUAUAUAUAUGUAUAUAUAUGUAUAUAUAUAUAUAUACAUAUAUAUACAUAUAGAGGGAGAGGGAGAGAGAGAGAAUUCUAACCAUGGCACAGACGUCCUUUUAAGGUGGAAAUGAUGGAUACACCGCACACUGAGGUAGAGGCGAUUAUUUGACAAAUAACAGAAAGGAUCGGAGACCAGCCACUUCAGCAACAUUUACAAGUUCAGCUUCGUGUUAUAGCUAAAGGUUUGAAAGAAGCCGUUGCCCCUGGUCUUACUGAACUCACUACUCUUUGAUCUCUGCUUUUGUUCACAACCAACAUUGUGUUGAACGAGCGCUUUAAGACAAUGAGGAUGAGGCUUUUCUUUACUUACGGCUUUUUUCCGCAACCUUUUAUUAAUUCUUUUCUUGUUAUAAAUGUUUCUUUCCCUUUUCUGUCCAGAUAUAGAAACAGUGGAUAUUGCUGAAUCAAUCUUAACCUUCAAAUUGCUAUCAUAAAGCACUCCACGUUCCUAAAUUUGCAUAUUUUAUCUUUUCUAUUAUAGGAUGGCUGUUGUGGAAUACAAAUGAGUCUGAGUGAAAAGUUUAAAUAUAAAGUGCUUUUGCUCUUCAUGCGAAUGGAACCAAGGAGCAGCCUCUCAUGCACUCAUUUUCAAGCACAUGGUGUUAAAGUCUGCUUUUCAGUUCAGCCACAGUUAUAUUCAGCCUGUCAAUCAAAUAAUGCCAUGAGUGUGUUGGUCUGUUGGUGAAUGAUGAUAAUGUUGGUUUUAUGCUUUUGCUUGACAGUAUUUCUGCAAUCCUGUCAGUCCAUCUGCUGAGACGAUGAGCUGUCAUGUAUGUGUGAUGAUGCUCAGUGAUGAAAACUAAUGCAUUCCUGUAGGCAAAGUCAAUUAGCAAGUUCAGUAUUGGCUGAUGAAACCAUUUUUGCUUUGUCUCUGGUGCCUGUGUUAAACUGCACUCAUUCUGUGUUCUCUUCACAGCUCAUCUUCGUCCCUUGAUGUAAAAAGACAAACUGCGCCUGUACAUGUUGUAAUUAUAAAGUAUUGUUCUAUGGCUCUGGUAAAAGCUGUACAUUGCCCUUCAGAAGACAUUCGCCAAAAUUAAUAAAUUACUAUAUAACAGCUGCA